UAGCAUUUUAUAAUAACAACAUAUCCAGUGUAAUCCCACAAGUGGGGGUGCAGGAGAGUAAAGUGUACACAAACCUUAACCCUACCUUGGGAGGUAGAGAGGAUGUUUCCGAUUUGCAUUUAAUCAGAGGAAUGUGGAUAUUACCUUGACUGAUGUUGCAGUUUGAUUUUUCUGCUGAUGACUUGUAAAUACGUAGCAUUAAAGGACGGUUUAUGUAGAUUUUUGGAAUUUCCAAAUGGUUACUUGGUUAGGAUUUACGAUUAAGUUUAAUUUGAGUCUAAUUUUUAACAGGUUUUGAGUAGUAGGUAUGAUUAGUAGAGUUGUUCAAUCUGUAAUGAACAUAAUGAAGGACUAUCCAUUAAAAAUUGGAAUGAUUAGAAUAGUAAUGAAUUUGAUCCGAGAAGAGUGGAAUGAAUUUAGAGGAUUGAUAUAGCAGAUCCUAACUAUCUGGAAUUUAGCAUAGUUGAUUGAUAGUGAAUGAAUGAAUUGUUGUUUGGGGAAUUGAGAUUACUAAAGACCUGCCGAAACCAAUAAGGAAUCUGGGGAAAAGUAUGCCUACAUUUAAAUCCAUGCUUUGUUCAAAAAUGCUCUUCAAUUCAGUACUUUACCUCACUCUCAGGACAACUAUUUUCAUUUUGUAUUAGGAAUUUUCUAACGUGUGGAUUUAACGUUUAUAGUACAGAAUGUUUUUUUGGGGUAAGAUGAUCGGUUGUGGCUUAAUGAGAGAGGAGGAGGGAGGUUCGUGCUCUCAUUUGUGAAACCAAGUUGAGCUACUUGUAUAAUGGUGUUUCAACUGGUAAACAUUAAACUGGUGUUUCUUUUUAAGAAAAGGUAAAUAACUAUUGUGUAGACCAAAAACACCAGUUGUAUAACUGUAAAUUCUUGAUGUCACUAAAUAUUUUGUGUUAUCAAUAGUCAAAAGUUAUAUAUUGUCAGUAGUCUUCUUUAAGGUUUUUUUGUUUCUUGAUAAGGUAUAGUACUUUUUUUGUUUGUUUGUUGAUAAGGUAUAGUACUUUACUAAAAGAACAGUACGAAGAAGAGUUAAUUUCAAAAGUCUGCUCUUCUGUUAUCGUGAACAUGAGUUAGAUUCUAUUCUAAUUUUUUAUUCUUAAUAGCAGCCCCCCUCGAACCAUUCUUAAGACCACCAAGCUCAUAGUUUAGCCUUUUUUCAGCUUAAGAGAAUAUCUGUUACUACCCUUUUGCAAGCAGCUUCAACAACUUUUCUUGGUUUUGUUUGGCACAAUUUUCUUGUGCUUCCAGUGGUAGGUCAUUUAAGGUGUCAACAGAGAUGCUAUUAUUCAUUUUGAUGUACUUAGUAGUUUGUCAAGCAAAUGCUUUUUUUUAAAACCUCUCGCGCGUGGGUUGGGUAUUGGAGCGUUCUCUAGAUUGUACUUUUUACUAGAAGUAAUCAUGCAACUUCUAGCUGAGGUGUAGCUAUGCGCGGUUUUGUGAAUAACUCUCUUUGGUGAUUGAUACAGUUAAGUUAGUUACUAAAAAAAAUCAUGCAACUUCUUCUUAUAGUGUUAGGAGCCAGGUUGCGUAAAGUACUGGUUGACGUGCAUUGCAUGAUUAAUCAUUUAGGUUCAUGUUGUUGUGAACAUGAAAAAUUAACAUGUUGGGUGCUAAGCUUGUACCUUUAAUAGGAAGAAGUGACUGAUACUUAGCAUAUGUUUGAGGAUCCUAGUUGUUCAUUAUCAUGCUGUACUGGUCAUAUCUCUUGUCCCUACAAUCUGAACUUGUUAUUCUGGUGCUGUAAGCUCCAGAGGGACAAGGAAAGAGUCAAAUCGGAAAGGAAGAAAGAAAAGAAAAGGGAGAAGAAAGAGAGGAAGAGAGAGAAGCAGGAAAAGGCAAAGCAGGAGUCAAGUUGUUCUCGAAACGGGAAGUUGAUUAGUGGAGGAGAUAAUAGGGAGUUGAAAACUAGUUACUUGCAGAAAGAUUUAGAGAAUGCAACUGAGCGGUUGGAGAUAAGCAGUCUCUCUGAGGAACAUGGCCAGCCUGUCUGUUCAGAAGAUUCAAGCCACUCAUCUGACAGCACCGGGAAUAACAAUAAAAGAAAGAGAUCUACCUCACCUUCAAAUGGAAUACAUGGCCAUGGUACCACUGUCCCCAUUCGAUUGUCCUCACAGAAGCAUGGAGAAUGUGACAUAUCUACCAAAGAAGACUGUUCCACAAAAUCUGCCAAACAUGAGGCAGAAGUUUCUAUCAGGGCUUCUGCAGAAAGAGUCUUUCCUUUGUCAAACAAUAACAUUCAACUGUCUCCUCGCAUUUCGGUUUCAAAGCAGUGUACAUCGACGUCUAGGGGGACAGAACCUAUUGCAAAAGACAAGAAAACAACUGCUUCUUGCUCCAAAUUGCAUGAGACUGAUUUAGAACUAGAGUUCAAGAAUUUGAUUAUUAACUGUGUUCCACCAAGUCUUGAUUAUGAUUUUGACGAUCAAGAUUGGCUGUUCCAGAGAAAGGAUAAGCGCAUGAGAGUGAAGGAAAAAGGUGAAGACAUCAACAUGAUGUCUUGUGGCACCUCUGCAUUGUUGCCGUGUGCGCAAUACCUUGAUGAUGCUGAAUUAUAUGCAUUCCCCUUCACAGUUCCGUUUUGAGUUGCUUGUAGUAAAUUUGAGCUAAUUCUUAUGUCCAGGCACUUUAAUAGCUAUUCUCUGGAAGUACAUGUCAGGAAUUUUAUUCUUGCCAGUAAGUCAUGAAAGCUCUGUGCUGGUUCUGUACUCUCAAUGUAGUAACAUCUCUCGGAGAACAAUUGUUGCAAAUGAUUGCCAAUAUUAAGAAACUUUCGAGUUA